AUGUCGUAUGUCUGGUCUGAUGGUCUGGGGAACCCAACUGCCAACGGUCUGCCCCAGUGUCAACUUGAACUUAUUUCCACCUCUAUCUCCAAGGGUUUGACCGAGACAAGCAGUCUAGGCAACUAUCGGAUCAAGAGCGUACACAUCGACCCUACCCAAAACAAGACUGGGGGGGUUGACAAUGUCAAAAAACUAAAGUCCAUGGCUAUCAACCAGAUGGGAGAGAUCUACGCGGCGGCCAAGCAGGUUUUGGUGCUCGACUCGGAGCUGCAGCGUGCCCAUAGCGACGUCGAGGAUGAUGUUUCGAAUACCGAGCUUCUUGCACGCCUGUGGUUAAUCAAGCAGUUGUUAUCGAAAAGCAGGGAAGGGCGCGAUGAUAAAGAAGGCGAGGCGGCUGCCCUCAGAGCCCCAGUACUCUCAUACCUACGCCGCCGUUUCCAAGAGACUCUGGACGACAUAAUAUGUAUCCUUCCACGUCACCAUGGGGAGUGGGACGAUCUUGCGUACCGGAAUACCGCAAUGAAAGAGGAUUUGCCUGCCAUUUUUGCAAAUCUACUAAACAUCAAUGCUUUUAAGAUCCUGCAAGAGGACCCUUCCCGAAGAAUGCAGGCGUUGCUACGAAGUCUUUACAGCCUCCCUGUUGAAUUACUUUUCAACAAGGGCCCAUUCGCCGAAGUGGGCAUGGACAGCCUCUCCCGAUGGGUUCCCAGUUUCCCAAGCAAGUUCAAAAUGGGCCGCUCAAAAGAGAUAAGAUGGACAAAGGAUGGGGAUUUGGAGUUCAGUUAUUUGUCUUAUGGACACAUAAGAGAAGGCGACUUUCUAGCUGUAGUCUUUGGUGGUGACACUCCAAGACGGGACAGAACAUGCUCAGCAUUUAUUCUGCCACUAUUUUACCGCGAAGGAGAUGAUAUUCUCAUGGAGCUUCUGGUUCGUCUCGAAUAUCCAGACAAGGAUGAGAUGAGCCGUCAUGAUGAUUGCGAAGAAAUCUUGAUACUGGACCGACGACCCAGCCCCGGUGUACGCACUACGCCAGCAUGCUCUAGAGGCUGUCUACUUCGUCUCCUGGAUCAAGAUGAUGAUAGCUUGUGGAGGGGCAUUGAUGUGACGGGCCAGUUCGAUUGCCCACUAACAUGGACUGUGGCUUCGCCCGAUGACCUGGCUCGCUACCCUCGUGUUCCACCAAAAGAAGCUUGGAGGACCUUUGAUCUGACUGUCAAAUGUGACCGCUUUCGAGAGGCAGGGGGGACUGUAGUCGCUGGAUGUGGCCUAUGUGGUGCUGAGCCUCGUUGGGAACUUGUGGUUGUUAUUUUCCUGGGCAUGGGUGGCCAAGAUAUACGCCCGUUCGUUGAUUUAUAA